GCACAGUGUCGGGGCCAGACGCGCCGCGAUAAUUAGCCGCGCUUAUAUUAACGGGAAUAACCGGAUUAUGAAUAUUUGAGGAGGAGAAACCGCCAGAAUCCUUUGUUGUACAAGGCGAGGGAUUAAGUUAAGCGUCUUUACUCCUCCGGUCGCCGUUAUGGGGAUAGACCGGCGCCGGAGAGCGUCGCUGGCUCUCACCUUGAACUUCCUCGCUUUGUUCCUGGCAGUGUCGGCUCUCACCACCAGCUACUGGUGCGAGGGGACGCGGAAAGUGGUGAAGCCGUUCUGUACCGGCCCGGGGACCACCAAGCAGUCCUUCUGCAUCAGGUUCAACAGCUCCAACAUCAACGACACGCGGCUGGUGCAGUACAUCUGGGAGACCGGCGAGGAUAAGUACGUGAUGAGGAAGUUUCACACCGGCAUCUGGUUCUCCUGUGAGCAGAACAUCAACAUGACCAGUGAAAACUGCAGAAGUUUCCUUUAUGUUGCACCUUCAAAUGAAAGAGGAGUGCUGUGGCUGUGCAUUGUUGCGGAGUGCCUGUACAUCCUCCUGCUGGCCACCGGGGGCAUCCUCAUGUCAAUAGAGGUGUGUCACUUUGGUAAUGUGAUCGACGGCCUCAAGCUCAACGCCUUCGCUGCCAUAUUCACUGUGCUCUCAGGUCUGUUGGGUAUGGUGGCCCACAUGAUGUUCACCACAGCUUUCCAGCUGACUGUUAGUCUGGGUCCAGAGGACUGGAAACCUCAAACGUGGGACUACAGCUGGUCAUACAUUUUGGCGUGGAGCUCCUUUACAGCCUGCAUGGCGUCCUCAGUCACCACCAUCAACCGCUACACCAAAACUAUCCUGGAGUUUAAGCACAAGCGCAGGAACAUUGAGAAGAACCUGAAGAUCAAGCAGAAGCUGCUGGAGUUGGACUCUCCGGAGCAGGUGUGGGACAUGUACAUCAGCUCGGUGCCGAGCACUGCCGAGGAGUUGCUGGAUCUGUCAACUAAUGGUCGCAAACUGUCCAACACCUCCAUCUUCCUGGACCUCAACGACCUGCCCGACCCACAGGGAGAGGAGUACUGCUAGAGGAGCAGCGUGUAGCAUUUACAAACAUCAGCAGGUCAUCAUCAUGUUAAAUGUGGUACAAUAAUAUAAUUACUGUAAACAAAAUAAGACCAUCGUUAAAAACUUCAUAACACCACAAAAAGCUAAAUAUCACACACAUUGACAUACUAUCAUGUAACUAACAUGUUAUGCUAACCACAUUACUCUUAAAAUCAUUUAGAGUUAUGUUUCUAGCCACCUCAUAUUCACACAACUCCUGACAAUUAUGAUUGGGUCUUAUCAUAUUUUACUGCAAUACCAUUACUCAAAUUGUAAUGUGGUAAACUAGCUGAACUACUUUCUUUUUAAUCAUACAUUUACACUAGGGCUGCACGAUUAUGGCCAAAUUGAUAAUCACGAUUAUUUUGAUCAAUAUUGUAAUUACGAUUAUUAAUCACGAUUAUUCAUCGUGUUAGGGAAAACAUCUGUAUUUUUAUUGCACUACUUUUAAACAAACAAUAGGAACAGUUUUUAGUGUGUGCACAGAGUGUCCGGUGCUUGUUGUAAACAAACAGAGAUCGGUAAGCAGCACUAUACACAGACUGGACGCUAAGGGGCUAACAUCCCCUCUGGCUCUGCAGCUGGGAAAGACUGCUGCAGGCCAGAGGCUCGUUAAGAAGAGUAAGAACAAGUCUCCAAUAACACCAGAAAAGCAGCUUCACCAGCUUUUACAAAUGGCGUGUGUUGUCGUCUUGUAGAGUACUACAUCACAUCCUGCUUAGCGCUCGCUAGUUAUUUAUUUAGGCAGCUACAUGAAAUCUUAACUAUGCGUCGCCCCCUGGUGGUUGGUGGACUACUGGUGUAGAAAGUGCUUGAUUACAUAUGCAAGAGAGCAGCAUUUUAAAAUGGAAAUAUCGCCGACGAUCAGGUUAAUUUAAUCGUGGUGGCCAAAAUCGUGAUCAUGAUUAAAAUUUGAUUAAUUGUGCAGCCCUAAUUUACACAAUUGGACUAUCAACAUAUUCAGUAACAUGAAUUGAAGGAAACAGCCUGUUAGCUAAUUUGAUCAUUCCAAGAAGCUAAGAUUUUAUGCUAACUUCUUUGCAGCUAAAGACCCAAUCUUUAAACCCGCUGGCAUUGGUCUGACAACCAUUAGUCUCUGGGGAAAAUGGACAUUUUUUUUGUGGUUCUGGUGAAGCCAGAAGACAUCUGGUUAAUGGAUAUUCAGACCUAGAGGUUAGCUUAGUUAGCUAAGCUAAUAAAAACUUAAAUAUUUAUCAAAUGAUAGCUGAUAGGUUCCAAGAUUACAUUUUGACCAGUUUGCCUCUUUUGCUCUCUACACUGACUGUUUACGUGCUGUUUCUUUAUUAGUAGAUUAGCAGAAAGAUGCAUUAUGACCAGCUACUGAUACAAUUGGAUAUUAACAUGCUUGUCACCCCUUAAAGUUCUGUCACAGUUUUCACUUACAUUAGCUAGCCAAGUUAAGAAAGUGGUUUACUAGCUUAACCUGUUAGCUUGAUGGUUGCAAGAGUCAGUUGCUAGCUAGCAACAUGUUAUCAAGCUAGAUUACCACAAUAGUCUGGUGGUAACACAGAGCACAAAUUUAUUUUAUUUAUAUUUAUAUUUAUUUUGUUAAGGCAUUGAUAAUUGCCUAAUUACCAUAGUUUAAAAUUCAGAAUUCUGUUGUGGCAGCACAAAAAAGACAAAAUAUAAAAAAUUCAAAAUUCAAAUUUAGCUUUGUUCGUCAGAUUGUAUUCCUGAAAAAUGCUCUGUGACCCUGUGUGAGCCAGCUGCCAAAGAGUUGAGAUUAUUGAAUUAUAUUUUAUUUAUAUUAUUAUUAUUAUUAUUUAUUCAUUAUUGAAAUCAGAACAGGCAAAAUAAAAGUUGUAAUGUCUGUUCCUAUAGGCUUGGUUACGGCCCUGGUGAGAACUUAACUUUCCAAAGAAGACUAAAGAAUGGAGGUGAUUUUUCCAGCAGCCUUUAACUUGCACCAUCAUUACAGUAAACAUAAAUUCUUCUAUUGCUGUUGCAAAGUACUCCUACAAGUACCUCACCUCAUUACAUUUAAAUUGCUGUUCAGCAGCAGUGGUCUCAGUUGUUUACAGAAACCAUACUAAUGUCUCAGAACUGAUGUGGCGAUGAUGUACUGAUGCCUAAAUGUUACAUGUUGCACCUUUAAGGACCAGUGCUGAUCAACUCUACAGUUGUGUUAGUCGGUGUGAACUUACAGUAUACCUCUGUCCAAGCAAUACUGCUAUGAACGUUCACUGCUUAAACCCUUUGAGUAAAACGGAGAGUGAAGCUGAGGACAUACCCAGAGCCAACUCAAACAGCAGACACUCUUCUAUUUACAACUCGCACACUUUAAUGACUCUCAAGCCUCUUGGCUUGCUUUCUUUGGAUUUUAUUCAUUGAGGAAAAUAUACAAACGUCGCUGAAGUAUUAUGCCCAUGACUCUGUGUGGCUCCUGCAGCUAUAAAUACACAUGGCUAGACAGCCCAGUGAUGAGGAGCUCCACAUAUUGAUUCCAAUGUGACACAGUGAUUAUAAACUGCCUCCCAACCAAUAUGUGAACCAAAUAACAUUAAGUAGCUUAAAACACACCUCACCGGGUGUUAAUCUUUGGUGUUAAUUGUCUUGCUUUGGAACGAGAAAGUAACAGAAGCCGGACCUGAAGACUGCUGCGUCACCCACACAGGAUUAAGUAAGAACGUAAAGACUGAGUGUCACAUGGCUGCAGGGGAUGCCAAUAGGCCAUGCUGAGUGCCUUGAUUUACAGAAGCAUGCCUCUGAUCAAACAGCUCUGUGCUCACCACAUUUUAACAAAGGUGAUGCUUUUUCUCCGACAAAAAAACUGCUUUAGAGAAAACAUGUAGCUGUCUGUGCAAACUGCCAAAACUCCUCAUCAGUGAGAGGAGCGCGCCUCUUUUGAAGCUCUGUGUGUAAUAUGUACUUGAUGGGUUAGUUUUCUUAUGUAUUUAGACAAAUUUAUUAAUGGAAAACACAGACCAGGAUUGUUGUUAUUUACAGUUGUUUUAAGUGCAUUUGAAAAUGUAUAUUAUAUAUUAUGUAUUUAAUUUAUUUGUUCAGUUCAAAGUGAAGUGUAUUGUAGACAACCUAAAUGUAUACUGUGCAGGAUUUACUAAAAAUGUGAAUACGUAUGGCCUCAAUCAAAAGUAAUCCCUUUCAGUCAUCACUUAUGACCCACUAGAAGUGUGUGCCGGGUCAUUUUCUCUUGUUUUGACUUUGACUAUGUUUACGGUGUUGUUGGGCGUUAUUCUUUGGUAAAAAAGCUACCAAAAGAGCAGACAUAUCGCUGAAAAACACAAAUAUACCGAGGCAAAAUUUGAAGCCGACAAAGUUUGUUCCAAAAUUAAAUUGAUUCUGGGGUUUGCUUUAAUUUUCAUUGCACUGAGGAG